CGACAUGCACGCAGGAUCAUUGGGCCAAACGAAGGGAGGUUUCCAGUGUUUUACUCCCAUUAUCAUCCCACAGAGCCCGGUGAGGCUUGUUGGAAUUCUUGAAUGACAAUUUGUCAAAGCCGGAUCAGUCCAUUUGGAAAGGUAUGCUGUGUCACGUUCAUGUGACGAUUCCUUCGAGACUCGAGGGACUUCAAUUUCCAAGAUUAAAAACACCCCCUGAAAACGAGUCCUUAUUUAAUUUCCAUUAAAAGAUCAGGAAAACGACCGCAGCUGCAGCGUAAAACCCAUCGCGCAGAGUGGUACAAUCAAGCCGAGGCUUGGCUGGCUGGAAGGGGGAUAUUCACUUUUUUCUCGACUGAGGGAGACACACAACGCCGGGGAGCGAAAAAAAAAAAACACUAAAACAAUUGACAGUCUGGGUUUUAUGUCUCCCGAAGUGUCUGCGAGAUGUCUACGAAGGCAGAACAGUUUGCCUCUAAGAUACGAUACUUGCAAGAGUAUCACAACCGUGUGCAACACAAUAUUUACCCUGUGCCCUCCGGAACUGACAUUGCAAACACACUGAAAUACUUUUCCCAAACCCUGCUCAGCAUUCUGUCCCGCACAGGCAGGAAGGAGAACCAGGAAGCUUCCAAUUUGGCCGUGCCCAUGACCAUGUGUCUUUUUCCUGUGCCAUUCCCACUCACCCCAUCUCUAAGACCACAAGUCAGUUCCAUCAACCCUACAGUUACUCGCUCCCUCCUUUACAGCGUUCUGCGCGAUGCCCCGUCAGACCGCGGGGGGCAGGGGCAGCAGAGUCGGGACGCUCAGCUCUCAGAGUACCCCUCUCUGGACUAUCAGGGCCUCUAUGUGACCCUCGUGACCCUGCUUGACCUCGUGCCCCUGCUGCAGCACGGUCAGCAUGAUCUCGGACAGUCCAUAUUUUACACAACUGCUUGCCUCCUGCCAUUUCUCAGUGACGAUAUUCUCAGCACAUUGCCCUAUACUAUGAUCUCCACUUUAGCCACAUUUCCCCCUUUCCUUCAUAAAGACAUCAUAGAAUACCUGAGCACAUCUUUCCUCCCCAUGGCUAUAUUGGGCUCUACUCGAAAGGAAGGUGGAGUUCCUGCCUACGUCAACCUAUCUGCCUCAUCUAUGCUCAUGAUUGCAAUGCAAUACACCUCAAACCCAGUAUAUCACUGCCAGUUGUUGGAGUGUCUAAUGAAGCACAAACAGGAAGUGUGGAAGGACCUGCUUUAUGUCAUAUCUUAUGGACCAUCCCAAGUAAAACCUCCAGCUGUACAGAUGCUCUUUCAUUACUGGCCCAACCUGAAACCACCAGGAGCCAUCAGUGAAUAUAGAGGGCUACAAUACACGGCCUGGAAUCCCAUCCAUUGUCAACAUAUCGAGUGCCACAAUGCUAUCAAUAAACCUGCUGUCAAGAUGUGCAUUGAUCCUACUCUCUCUGUGGCCCUGGGAGACAAGCCCCCUCCUCUUUACAUAUGCGAGGAGUGCAGCCAGAGGAUUGCCGGAGAUCACGCCGAAUGGCUUGUUGAUGUUCUCCUGCCUCAAGCAGAGAUAUCCGCCAUCUGUCAAAAGAAGAACUGCAGCUCUCAUGUCAGGAGGGCCGUGGUCACCUGCUUCUCAGCUGGCUGCUGUGGGCGCCAUGGCAACCGGCCCGUCCGCUACUGCAAGCGUUGCCAUGUCAACCAUCACAGCAGCGAGGUGGGGGCUGCGGCGGAGACCCAUCUGUACCAGACCUCACCCCCUCCCAUCAACACCCGCGAGUGCGGAGCGGAGGAGCUCGUGUGCACCGUGGAGGCUGUUAUAAGCCUCCUGAAGGAGGCAGAAAUUCACGCGGAGCAGCGGGAGUUUGAGAUGAACAGGCGUCGCCAAAUGGGCCUGUCUGCCUCUCACCAUUCCCUGGACAACAUUGAGUUUGACAACAAGGAGGAUGACCAGCACGACCAGCGCCUCCUCAGUCAGUUCGGCAUCUGGUUCCUGGUGAGUCUGUGCACCCCCAAUGAGAACACGCCCACAGAGAGUUUGGCCCGGCUGGUCAGCAUGGUCUUCCAGUGGUUUCACUCCACUGCAUACAUGAUGGAUGAUGAGGUGGGAAGCCUGGUGGAAAAGCUCAAACCACAGUUUGUCACUAAGUGGCUGAAGACGGUGUGUGACGUGCGCUUCGAUGUCAUGGUCAUGUGCCUGCUGCCCAAACCUGUGGAGUUUGCCAGGGUGGGAGGCUACUGGGACAAGUCGUGUAGCACGGUGACACAGCUGAAGGAGGGUCUGAACAGGAUAUUGUGUCUAAUACCUUACAAUGUCAUCAGUCAGCCACUGUGGGAGUGUUUCAUGCCGGAGUGGUUGGAGGCCAUCCGUACCGAGGUGCCUGACAACCAGCUCAAAGAGUUCCGCGAGGUGCUCAGUAAGAUGUUUGAUAUCGAGCUGUGCCCCCUGCCCUUCUCCAUGGAGGAAAUGUUUGGCUUCAUCAGCUGCAGGUUCUCUGGCUACCCGGCGUCCGUGCAGGAGCAGGCUCUGCUGUGGCUGCACGUUCUGUCAGAGCUGGACAUCGUGGUGCCUCUUCAGCUGUUGAUCGGGAUGUUCUCAGAUGGCGUGAACUCACUGAAGGAAUUGGCCAAUCAGAGAAAGACUCGUGGCUCUGAUUUGUCUGGCAACACUGGAGCUCGCAGGGUGAGCGUGGUGUCAGAUCCCGGACGCCGUGGGCAGCACAACACUCUCAGCCCCUUCCCCAGCCCCUUCAGGAGCCCAUUCCGCAGCCCCCUGCGCUGCAGCCCUUUUAAAAACCUGGGCCAUGCUGCAGGGCACUGUGCCCUGGACCUGGACUGUGAAGAUGACGACAUGAACCUUGGUUGUUUCAUUCUCAUAUGGAGCUCCAGGAUGAUGGUGUGAUGCUGGGUCUAGACAGCAGCCUUGGGAAGGAUAUCGUAGGCAUCAUCAACAAUGUCUUCCAGGCCCCGUGGGGGGGCUCACACACCUGCCAGAAGGAUGAGAAGGCUCUUGAGUGCAGCCUGUGUCAAUCCAGCAUCCUGUGCUACCAGCUGGGCUGUGAGCUCCUGGAGCGGCUGACCCCCCGAGAGGAGAUUCGCCUGGUGGAGCCCACGGAUAGUUUGGAGGAAACCUUGCUCCAGUCUGAACCAGACUUCUCCUUGGGGGCGGAAAAUGGGAGCGAGGAAGGAGACAACCCAAGUGAAAAAAACACUGACAACCCCAGCAACCACUCUCCUGGGAAUGCAUCCAUGAAGAAUAAUUCUGACAAGAAGUUCUGCUACCAGCAGCUCCCUGUCUCUUUGAAGCUUAUAUACACCAUUCUGCAGGAAAUGUCCAAGUUUGAGGAGCCUGACAUCUUGUUCAACAUGCUGAACUGUUUGAAGAUCCUGUGCCUCCACGGUGAGUGUCUGUACCUCGCCCGGAAGGAUCACCCCCAGUUUCUGGCCUACAUCCAGGAAAAGAUGCUUAUUCCCAGCCUGUGGUCGAUGUUGAAGUCCGAGUUUUGCCAGCUGGCCUCUCUGGCCGUGCCGCAGCUCCUGCACGCCCUGUCCCUGUCCCACGGGGCCGACAUCUUCUGGAACCUCAUCAACACGCAUUACAACAGCAAAGACUGGAAAAUACGGUUUGAGGCUGGUGAGAUGUUUGAGGUGUUAGGUAGCUGCUUCUCUUUGCUUAGUCUUUUUUGUUAAUAAACGGUCUGAGGAAGACCCCCGUUCUCUGAUCCUAAUCCACUGCCUGCCCACUCCUCUCCUGCGUCGCCAUGGUUACCAUGCGGUUCAAACAGGCGGCAAGGUGGAGCCGCGGGACUGAUGAGGUUUUUCUCGCCCUGUGAUUGGCAGACAGUGGUCCAGUGACCUUGACACAAAGGCAGAGGACAGCUCCUGAGUCUUGAUGUGUGUUGACUUGUGGGAGACAGUAAAUCAAUAACAUGACGUAACCCCGAGACGAAAUAGCGUAAUGUAAAGAGCAUGUUGGGUAUUUGAAUGGUUAAAACAGAAUUAAAGCUUUAGGUCUUUCUAUCUGAAAAAUUUGCCAAGUCAACUGCAAAGCUUUUUAUCUUAAUCAGGAUCCUGAAACCUCCUAUCAGGCCCACUUUUUAAAAAGUGCUGUAACACAUAGAUAGAAAUAUGUAGCAUAAUUCUCACUAAUGAAAUAAAAGAUGUGUUUUAGCCAUGAAUGAAUCCAGUGGGCCGUCUAUGCUCUGCUCAGAGCUACAGUCUCUCCCACACUGACACCUGGUGGGGAACAGUGACUCAGGGUUUUUAUUUGUUUUUUAUCAGAAAUAGAAGCCCUUUUUUCACAGAGAGAACUGCUGUGUAGAUACCUAAUUUGUGAUAACAUUUAAAAAUUUAACUGAAAGUACAAUAUUUGGUGCUGAAAUUUAGUGAUGUGAUGUUCAAAACCGGAACGAUUCAGGUAGUCUGACCUCAAUCCUGCUUCGGAUUAACAAAUCAUGAUCGUUAUUUUAGCACCUGACAGCUCGGCUGCAUUUCUUUCACGGUUCUGUUUGCUUUCCCGGUGAAUAAUUUUCAUGGUUUGCUUGUGAAAUCCCCCCAGUUGAGAAGGUAGCAGUGCUGUGUCGGUUUCUGGACAUCGGCGCCGUGACAAAAAACCACCUGUUGAAGUAUUCCUUGGCCCACGCUUUCUGCUGCUUCCUGGCCUCUGUGGAAGAUGUCAACCCAGCUGUGGCCACCAGGGCCAGGCUGCUGCUGGACACCAUUAAGAGGCCGGCGCUGCAGGGCUUGUGCCUGUGUCUGGACUUCCAGUUUGACACAGUCGUCAGGGAUCGCCCCAUCAUCCUAAACAAACUCCUUCUGCUCCACAUCCUGAAGAAAGACGUUCCUGCUCUCAGCUGGGAGUUUUUCGUCAACCGUUUUGAGACACUAUCUUUGGAGGCUCAGCUCCACCUGGACUGCAACAAAGAGUUUCCUUUCCCCACUACCAUUACAGCCGUUCGAACCAACGUGGCUAACCUCAGUGACACAGCAAUGUGGAAGAUACGGAGGGCCCGUUUUGCCAGGAAUCGACAGAAAAGUGUGCGCUCCCUGCGUGACAGUGUAAAAGGAGGCCAGGCAGAGUCCAAACGAGCAUUCUCACUUCCAGAGUCACUGAGCAACAGACUUCGCCAGACGCCCUCCCCUGAGGACGACACCGUCAUCAGGGACCUCCUCCCCGAGGACGCCGGCAUCGACCACCAGACUGUUCACCAGCUCAUCAUGGUGCUCAUGAAAUUCAUGGCGAAGGAUCAGAGCAGUGCGGAGGCUGAUAUAGGCAGCGCCAAAGCUUUCAACACGGUGAAGCGUCACCUGUACGUGUUGCUGGGCUACGACCAACAGGAGGGCUGUUUCAUGAUUGCGCCCCAGAAGAUGCGCACCUCCACCUGCUUCAGCGCCUUCAUUGCCGGCAUCGCACAAGUAAUGGACUACAACAUCAGUUUGGGGAAGCAACUGCUCCCCCUGGUGGUGCAGGUGUUGAAGUACUGCGCAUGUCCUCAACUGAGACACUAUUUUCAGCAGCCACCCAGAUGUUCCCUGUGGGUGCUUAAGCCACACAUCCGGCAGAUGUGGCUGAAAGCGCUGCUGGUUAUCCUGUAUAAGUAUCCUUACAGAGACAUGGAUGGCAGUAAAGUGGUGCUCCAUUUGAUCCACAUCACCAUCAAUACACUAAACGCACAGUAUCACAGCUGUCGUCCACACUCCGCUGCAGGGCCACUCUACAGCGACAACUCCAACAUAAGCCGCUACAGCGAGAAAGAAAAAGAAGAGGACAGUGUGUUUGAUGAAUCCGAUGUCCACGACACGCCCACUGGUGCUGCUAACAAGGAGUCUCAGACCUUCUUUGCUCGGCUGAAGAGGAUUGGUGGCAGCAAAUCGGUGAAGUACCAGCCAGUGGAGCUGAAUGCCAAGAAAAGUGAUAUUGAAUUGUCAGAGUAUCAGGAAGCGGCUCUACAGGACAGCAUCCUGCACUGCGUGAGGGAGGAGAGCACCAGGAAGAAGCGGCUUCAGGCCAUGCACAAACAAAAAUCUCUGGACAUUUCAAACACAGACUCCAUCCUCUUCAGUCUGGAUGAACACCGGCGCAAAUCCUGCAUUGAUCGCUGUGACAUGCAAGUGCCUCCCGUGGUCCUGCCCCCAUCCGCCGCCAUGUCCCGCAGGCAUCAUGGUAAGGCUUCCUGUGAGGGCUUCUCGGCUCGGGUUGAUCCCGCUGAUAGACGAGGCUCUCGGGGAGGGCAGUCUGACACGUCCAAACAUGUUAUCCCAGAGGUCCGCCUCAGCUGCAUGGAGACUUUUGAAGAUAAACAGGAUCAGGGUUCUUUGGAAGGAUCAGCACAGGAGAAGGAGGAUCAAGACCUCAUUGACCUCUCCUCAGAUUGCACCUCAAUUCCAGAAAAACACUCGCUGCUCUCCAUGUCUGACAGUGACUCCUUAGUGUUUGAGCCCCUUCCCCCACUGAGGAUAGUGGAGAGCGAUGAAGAGUUCGACCUCAGCGCCAUCUUAGGGUCAAAGUUUCAGGGGAGUCCACGGCUAUCUGCCUCCCCUGCGAGCAGCAGCACUCUGCGACUGUCCCCUGUGGUUCAGGUGUGUGUGGAUGACUGCUCCACAGAAAAAAAGACCCCAUGUGUGGUACUAGGAGAGGGGGCCUCACAGCAAGAAUUUAAAGAAAAGAAGCCGAGGUCUGUGACUCCAAUCACUUCUCUGGAUAUCCCUGAUCGGCAAGACAAUGUGUGCCCUGAAAAUGCCAUGACCCUGAAACAGAAGAGAGACCUAUUGAGGAAGACUCCAAAUGUCCCCGACACCUCUAUAGAUGACGCGUCUGUGAUCCCCGAAACGGUCAGGGCUGGCACGAGUCCGUCCGGCAGAACCAUCUUCCUGGACAUCCCAGAAGACAAAGCUGAGCCACUUUCCUCACCAGAGAAAAGCAAGAGAAACAGCAACGAUGAGGAAGAGGACGGUGACGAUGAGGAAGACGACGACAUGGGCGACGAGGUGGACAGCGACCAACAUCCAGACGAUGCAGACGACAACGAUGAGGCGGAGUUCAAAAUCCAGAUUGUCCCCCGGCAGCGAAAGCAGAGGAAGAUAGCGGUCAGUGCCAUCCAGAGGGAGUAUCUGGACAUCUCCUUCAACACGUUCGACAAGUUGGGAGGGGAACAGACCAUUGAAACUGCUCAGUAUCGUCAGGUGAAACGAGGCUCUCUGGGAGCUCUAACCAUGAGUCAGCUGAUGAAGAGACAGCUGGAGCAUCAGUCCAGUGCGCCACACAACAUCUGCACAUGGGAGACAGGUCCCACAAAGACCAGUCUUCUCUCGGCUCCAAGUACAGUCAGCAUGUUUGUCCCGGCACCUGAAGAGUUCAUCGAUGAGCAGCCGACCACCAUGUCUGACCGGUGUAGGGACUGUGCAGCUGUGCUGGAGGAAUAUGACGAAGAGACCCUUGGGCUGGCGGUGGUUGUCCUUUCCAUGUUUAUUCACCUCAGCCCUGAUUUGGCUGCUCCAAUGCUUCUUGACAUCAUGCAGUCUGUGGGCAGGCUGGCAUCUAGUGGUAAUUUUUCUGGACAAGCUGAGAGUAUGUUGAUCCCAGGAAAUGUGGCAGGUGUGGCCAAGCAGUUUCUGCGCUGCGUGUUUCACCAGCUGGCCCCCAAUGGCAUCUUGCCCCAGCUCUUCCAGAGUAACAUCAAAGAUGGGAGCUUUCUGCGAACACUUGCGUCUUCUUUGAUAGAUUUCAACGAACUGAGCUCAGUUGCGGCUCUCAACAUGCUGCUCGAGGGCUUGAACAACAAAAAGAGUCUACCAGCAGGUGGCACAAUGCUGCACUGCCUUGACAACAUUGCCACCUUCAUGGAGGCUCUCCCCAUGGACUCUCCUAGCAACCUGUGGACAACCAUCUGCAACCAGUUCCAGACGUUCCUCACAAAACUGCCCUCUGUGCUUCCCCUGAAGUGUCCGAUGGAUUCCAGUUUAAGGAUUAUCAUUUGUCUUCUGAAGAUCCCAACCACAAAUGCAACUCGCAGUCUGUUGGAGCCUUUCUCCAAGCUGCUGAGUUUUGUCAUUCAGUAUGGCACGUUCAGUCUUUCCUACCUUGUGGAACUCUGCGGACUGUGCUACAAAGCCUUUAACAAGGAGAGAGAUAAGUUCUACAUGUCUCGCAUUGUGGUGUUAGAGCUUCUGCAGGCUCUCAAGUUCAAGUCUCCUGUGCCUGACACAAACUUGUUAUUACUGGUCCAGUUUGUUUGUGCAGACAUCGGCACACGACUCGCAGAAUCCACCAUCAUUCAAAAACACAUGAUCCUGACUCUGCCGGGGUGCACAACAGCUGCCAUGGAAUGUAUGAGGCAGUACAUAAGUGAGCUCCUGGACUUCAUUGCAGAUAUGCACACACUGACCAAACUGAAAAGCCAUAUGAAGGCGUGCUGUCAGCCACUGCAUGAGGACACUUUUGGGGGAAACCUGAAAGUAGGCUUGGCACAAGUUGCAGCCAUGGAGAUCAGCAAAGGCAACCACCGCGAUAACAAAGCCGUGGUCCGUUACCUUCCCUGGCUUUAUCAUCCACCAUCCACCAUGCAACAAGGGCCAAAAGAAUUCAUUGAGUGCGUGUCCCACAUCCGUCAGCUGUCCUGGCUUCUUUUGGGCUCCCUGACACACUGUGCCCUACACCAGGGCUCCACCUCCUGUAUGCCCAUCCCUCUGGAUGCUGGCUCCCACAUCGCAGAUCAUCUUAUAGUCAUCCUCAUUGGCUUCCCAGAACAGUCCAAGACGUCAGUGCUGCACAUGUGCUCUCUGUUCCACGCCUUCAUGUUUGCACAGUUGUGGACCAUCUACUGCGAGCAGGCGGCUGCUGCUCCAUCCCUACAGAACCAGAACCAGACAGAGUUUUCCUCUAGUGCAAUCCUCACCGGCCUGGAGUUCUGGAGUCGGGUUACGCCCAGCAUUCUGCAGCUUAUGGCCCACAAUAAAGUGAUGGUAGAAAUGGUAUGUCUUCAUGUCAUCAGUUUGAUGGAAGCCCUACAGGAGUGCAACUCAACCAUCUUUGUAAAGUUAAUUCCUAUGUGGCUACCCAUGAUCCAAUCGAACCUCAAGCAUCUGUCUGCUGGGCUACAGUUGCGUCUUCAGGCCAUCCAGAACAGGGUAAACCACCAAUGUCUGCAGGGUCAGAUAUCGGGAGCGCCACCGUUUGCCCUUCGCAAGUGGCUCCAGUGCACUCAGUUUAAGAUGGCUCAGGUAGAGAUCCAGUCGUCUGAGGCUGCAUCCCAGUUCUACCCCAUGUGACUCGCUCUAUGCUCCCCAUCGGGUCCUCACAUCUGCAUGUGUCUGCUGUGGCUGCACCCUGUGACCAAAAAAGGACUCCUAUAUAAACUAUGCUGUGCGGGAUUAUUUGAAGAUGAAUUAUUUUCAGCACUUUUAGUAUGAUUCUUGUACAUGUACAGUAAAUCUAUGCUAUUUUAAAGUUCUAGGAGUUGAUGAUUAAAGGUUUGACGGGCCCUGUGAUGGGUAAAUGUGUUAGGUUAAUCAUUUCUUUAUUCAAAUAAUCUGAAUAACCAGGGGAUGACGGGGAGGAAAUUGUAGAGGCCUACGUUAGUAAUAGUGAGAGUGUGAAAGCAAAUGCUUAUUGAAUCUUGAAUAUGCUCACUCUGUUACAUUCAUAUCCUAUCACUUUUCAAGUCACUUGGUUGCAUAAUAAAAGUGUGUUGGAUAAUAAAAGUACACAGUUUUAUAAACAAUGAGACAUUUUGUCCUUCAUAUGAAUUGCUGCCCCCUUUCAAAAUUCAAAUGUGACA